AGAUAAUGAAGCUUUGGCAAACAUAAAAAUCAGAGUGGAUUAGUGGGAAUUUUGGCAGCUCACGAGGACGAAGUUACUGAUAAAUGGAGGGCAGGACAAACCCAGAGUCAAUGACCUCAAUGAAGAAGACCCAUUUUCACCAACAAACACUGUCACUAUAAAACUCACUCCCUUGCUUGCCUCAUGCAACACAACAUCCUGAGACUGAAUUCAAGAUGGCGCUGCUGCUUUUACUGGUGACGCUGGCAUCGUGCGCUGCCACUCCACAAGACCUGGCAAGGAAAAUGUUCACCUUCCCAGAAGCGACAAAUACAGGUCACGUGAAGCUUUUAACAACAAAACAAGAUUUAAGUGCUGUAACUGUCUGUCUCAGAUCCUUUACAGACCUCAGAAGAGGCCACCCUGUUUUCUCUUUGGCAACAUCGCUUGCUUCCAAUGACUUUCUGAUAUUCAAACUAGAUGCAAGUGAUUUGUUUGAUCUGUGGGCCAGGGACAAAAAAGCUGAAUUUGCAUUGCAAGGCUACAAGCUGAACACGUGGAAUGCGAUUUGUUCCACUUGGGAUGCUACAUCUGGACUAAUUCAGCUGUGGGUAAAUGGAAAGCCUUCCAGCAGGAAAUUCGUCAGCUCUGGAUCCAACAUCAUUGGACCCAUGUCUAUUGUUUUAGGACAGGAACAGGAUUCCUAUGGUGGAGGAUUUGAUAUUAAUCAGUCUUUUAUUGGCAUGAUAUCCGAUGUCCAUAUGUGGGACUACACCAUGUCUUCCUGUGAGAUCCAGAACUACUCCGAUGAGCUGAGCUUCACUCUGGGGAAUGUGCUGAACUGGAAUGCUCUGGAUUUUCAGAUAACAGGAAGAGUGUUGAUAGAAGACAAGCAAAGGAUCUGUUGAUAAUUUUGGCACACAGUUAAUAUGUGUUGCACAGUUAAAAGAGUUUUAUGUAAUUUUAUGUCCAAUCAAAAGGAUAAGGUUUAAAAAAUAAAAAUUUGUUAUCGUAUACCAAAUAAAAAAUGCUAAAAAGUU